GAUAUAGAAAGAGGAGGGGAAGAGAGGGGGAGGGUUUUCUUUCCAUCCUUUUCGUUUCGGCCUUGUGAGAAUUGUGAUGCUCAUAAGAAGUAGAUUCUCUUCUUCUUCUUAACCCUUGGCUCUUCCCUCUGGUCCUCAGCAUCGAGGGUGGAGGAGGAGAAGGAGAAAAGGAGAGAGAGAAAAUCCGAAGAGAAGGCAUUUGUGGAGAGGGGGAAAAUUCUCGCCAUGGAUUCAGCCCCAUACGCCAAUGAUGUCUCAGCCACUCCAGGAGAUAAGGAGUCCAUGGUCGACCCUUUCUUGGUCGAGGCUCUUCAAAACCCUCGCCAUCGUCUCACCAUUUUGAGAAUGGAACUUGACAUUCAAAGGUUCCUGCAGAACCCUGAUCAACAGCAAUUCGAGUUCCAACAUUUCCCCACUUCCUACCUUCGGCUUGCAGCUCAUCGUGUUGCUCUACACUAUGGUUUGCAGACCAUGGUUCAGGAUAACAGUGUAGAUGGUCUGGCAAAUAGAAUCGUGGUUAUGAAAACAGCUGAGAGCAGAUGUCCUGCAAUCUGUUUAUCUGAAAUUCCUGCUAAACAAUCGGAGAACGAAAAACCUGAACAUAUUAAAAUUGCAAUCAGGCGUAGGCCUAAUAAAACAUCCUUAAAUGAAACAAAUGAAAAUGGGAUCAAACGAAGUUCUGUUAGAACAGUGGAGGAGAGGAAGGAGGAUUAUGACAAGGCACGAGCACGUAUCUUUAGUACCCCUGCCAGUCCUGACUCAGAUGAUACAUUGCCUCAGGCCCCAGCAGAUGGAAAAAAUUUGUGCUUGAACGGAGAUGAGAAUGAAGGUUGCAGGAACUCCAUGGCUGAUCCAGAAAAAAACAUCAGCAUCAGGGAUAGUGGUACUUCAUCUCGGGUCGCCAUUUUCAGAGAUAGAGAGAAAGAUCGUACUGACCCAGAUUAUGAUCGGAGCUAUGAGAGAUAUGUUAGGAACCUUCCUACAAACCAAAGCUUUAGCUUGGCACCUUUCGAUGCGCAAAAGAUUCAACAUCCAUUUCUGCAGUAUGAUACUGGUUUUCCUCAGUUGGGUCAGAUUCAAAGGACUCAAGCUUCCCUCAGCUACAGGCCUUCAAACCCAAUCAUGAACCCUUUCUGUGCGAUGGGACUGAAUCAGACAUCCAGGGAUGCUGUUUAUCUGCAGUGGCCUAGUCAUUCAAUGAUGUAUGCACAUUCUUACGAGCAGUUUAGACAUGCUGUUUUCCAGGCUCCUUUCUGUCAGCAGCCUCUGAGCUUUGAUUACUCCCAGAACCAUUAAGUGACAAUGAUUAGGUGGGGAUUUUCUGUAUGACUGAUUUACGUUUAAAUUUCUUGUCCAUUUUUUGGACUGUUCUGAUGGUAGGUUCAUUGUCUUAUGUUUUUGUUACAGUCCUUACUACAGUUUAGCUUGCGUCAUAUGUCUCCUUUUGGAUCUUAAUAUUAGUAAGGGAGUGAAUGAUAAUACUGCUUUCCAUAUGACUGACUAUAAUCCCUCUGGUGGAACUAUAUGACUUGAUUAAAUGCUCUCUUCUUGUUGUGGUUGU